AUGAAAUUUAAGAGAGGAAAGAGAAGAUGGAUUUUCCGGAAGCAUUCGCUUCAUGAAACAACAAUCCAGCAUAAUGAAUUAGUACAGAACAUGACCACCUCAGCAAAUACUAAUUUAGGAACUUUGGUAAGGAAUCCUAUGUCCGAGGCUGCUGAUUAUGACCAAAGACGCGCCAUUGCGGUGGCUAGGGCAACAACAGCAGCUGCUGAGGCCGCAGUGGCAACAGCUCAGGCAGCCGUGGAAAUCAUUCGUCUCACCACCAGACCUUCAAUUUUAGUGAGACAACAACACGCUGCUGUCAUUAUUCAGACAGCCUUCAGAGGAUAUCUGGCAAGGAGAGCUCUUCGGGCACUCAAAGGGCUUGUAAAGCUCCAAGCUUUGGUAAGAGGCCACAUUGUCCGAAAGCGAGCAAAGAUGACACUUCAAUGCAUGCAAGCGCUUGUACGAGUUCAAACUAGAGUCCGUGAUCAACGUAAGAGGCUUUCAUAUGAAGGAAGCAUAGGUUCCAUGUUCAGUGAUCCCAGCAGUUUAUGGGAAUCUCAUCUUGCAGACAGAAAGUCCAUUUCUAGAGAAGGAAGUAGCAUUGCAUAUGAUUGGGAUGAUCAUCAACACACCUUAGAGGAGAUCCAAGCCAUGAUACACAAAAGAAAGGAAGCUGCUCAGCUUGCUCAUGUCUUCUCUCACCAGGUUUUCUCAUCUCUCUCAUUCCGUCUUCAUCUUGGUUUUCUGUUUCGGAUACUUCAUCUGUAAGACCCAAUAAGCUCAAAUAACAAUCUU